GUUCUUGGUUUGCCAACGGUACUACUGCAGCAACCAUGUUCCGCGUCUGCGUCGUCCUGGCCCUGGUAUCUAGCGCUCUUGCUGGAUUCCUCCACGGUGGCCACAGCCUCGCUGGUGGUGUCGGCCUCGGCAGCGGUGUUGGCCUCACCAGCUAUGGUCUCAGCCACGGAAUUGGCUACUCCGGCCUCACCGGCUUUGGUGUCGGCCACGGCCUUGCCUAUGGACCCGCCGCGAGCUACGCCGUUGCCGCCCCAGCUGUUGCCGGUGCCGUCUCCAGCUACCAUGCUGCUCCAGCCGUGACCGCUGUUCACGCUGCCCCAGCUGUCACCGCUGUCCACGCUGCUCCGGCGGUCGCUACCUACGCCGCCGCUCCAGUCGCCACCGUUGCCACUGCCCCAGCCGUGUCCCGCGUGACCACUUACCAGACCGCUCCAGUCGUUGCUGCUGCCCCAGCUGUUUCCCGUGUCACCUACCAGGCGGCCCCAGCUGUGACUAAGGUCUACCAGGCCGCUCCAGUCGUCGCUUCCGCCCCAGCUGUUGCCACAGUGGCUGCUGCCCCAGCUGUGUCCCGCGUCACCUACCAGUCUGCUCCAGCUGUCGCUACCUUUGCUGCCCCAGCAGUGACCAAGGUUUUCCAGUCCGCUCAAGUUGUUGCCGCUGCCCCAGCAGUCUCCCGCGUCACCUACCAGGCCGCCCCAGCUGUGACUAAGGUGUACCAGGCUGCUCCAGUUGUCGCUUCUGCUCCAGCUGUGUCCCACGUCACCUACCAGUCUGCUCCAUCUGUCGCUACCUUCGCUGCCCCAGCUGUCACUAAGGUCUACCAGUCCGCCCCACUUGUCGCCGCCGCUCCAGCUGUCGCAACCAUCGCUGCUGCUCCAGCUGUCUCUCGCGUGACCACCUACCAGUCCUCUCCGCUUGUGGCCACUGCACCUGCUGUUUCUACCACCUUCCAUGCUGCUCCAGCCGUGUCCCGCGUAACUACCUACCAGUCUGCUCCAGCUGUCGCUACCUAUGCUGCCCCAGCUGUCUCCCGCGUCACCUACCAGGCUGCCCCAGCUGUGACUAAGGUCUACCAGUCUGCCCCAGUUGUGGCUGCUGCCCCAGCUGUUUCUACCACCUACCACGCUGCUCCAGCUGUCGCCACCGUCGCUGCUGCUCCAGCCGUCUCCCGCGUGACCACCUACCAGUCUGCUCCAGCUGUCGCUACCUAUGCUGCCCCAGCUGUCUCCCGCGUCACCUACCAGGCUGCUCCAGCUGUAGCUACCACCUACCACGCUGCUCCAGCUGUCGCCACCGUCGCCGCUGCUCCAGCCGUCUCCCGCGUGACCACCUACCAGUCUGCUCCAGCUGUCGCUACCUAUGCUGCCCCAGCUGUCUCCCGCGUCACCUACCAGGCUGCCCCAGCUGUGACUAAGGUCUACCAGUCUGCCCCAGUUGUGGCUGCUGCCCCAGCUGUUUCUACCACCUACCACGCUGCUCCAGCUGUCGCCACCGUCGCUGCUGCCCCAGCCGUGUCCCGCUUCACCACCUACCAGUCUGCUCCAGCUGUCACUACUUACAGUGCCCCAGCUGUCACCAAGGUCUUCCAGUCUGCUCCAGUCGUUGCUGCCGCCCCAGCCGUCGCUAGCUACGCCGCUGCUCCAGCUGUGUCCCGCGUGACCACCUACCAGUCCGCCCCAGUCGUUGCUGCUGCCCCAGCUGUGGCCACCGUCGCCCACGCUGCCCCAGUGACCACCUACGCUGCCGCUCCAGCUGUCACUGCCGUCCACGCCGCCCCAGCUCUUGCCACCACCACCCUCCACCAUGCCCCAGCCGUUGCCACAGUCGCCCACGCCUCCCCAGCUUUCGCUGCCUACCACGCUGCCCCAGUCUACGGCUACGGUGUUGGAAGCCUCGGCUACGGCGUUGGCCACUACGGUCUCGGUCACGGCAUUGGUGUCUAUGGCCUGAACUACGGUUACGGUCUUGGCACUACCUCCGACUACACCACCCUUCUCCGCAAGAGGAAGUGUAAGUAUAUUGAAGCAUUCGCUAAGUCACUGAUUUUUUUUUCUUUGUCUCGAAUGCAGUGUCUCAUGUGAACUAUUUCUUCGUUGCAGAAAUUGGUCUACUCUCCGGAAGACAAAGCAUGUUGAAGAUGAAAAGAAGGUCGUCUUGAGCUUUGUCACUGUUGUUCAUAUUGUUAAAUAUUUUUAUGAAAUAAAUGUCUCCACUCAACAAAAA